GGCGGUGCGCGGGGCGGCUUCUUCAGGCGGCGGAGGCGGCGGUGGUGGCGGCGGCUCGGUGAGAUGGCGGCGGGUAGCGGGUUGCUGCUGAGGGCGCUGGGACUCGCCGUUCUGCUACUGCCGGUGGUGCCCCGCGGGCCGCCCGGCGCGGCGGAGAGACGCUGCUUCUGCCAGGUUACUGGUCAUUUAGAUGACUGCACUUGUGAUGUAGAAACCAUUGAUGCCUUCAACAACUACAAGCUUUUUCCUAGACUGAAUGAACUUCUGGAAAGUGACUAUUUUAGAUACUACAAGGUAAACCUAAAGAAACCUUGUCCUUUUUGGAAUGACAACAGUCACUGUGGAAUAAGAGACUGUGCUGUAAAGCCCUGCCCAUCUGACGAAGUCCCUGAUGGAAUCAGAUCUGGAAGUUACAAGUAUUCGGAAGAAGCCAAUAACCUUGCUGAAGAAUGUGAAGAAGCCAAGAGACUUGGAGCUGUUGAUGGCUCUUUGAGCAAGGAAACCCAGCAGGCAGUGCUCCAGUGGACACGGCACGACGACUCUUCAGACAGCUUCUGCGAAGCUGAUGACAUCUAUUCUCCUGAUGCGGAGUACGUGGAUUUGCUCUUGAAUCCUGAACGCUAUACUGGCUACAAAGGACCGGAUGCCUGGAAAAUUUGGAACAGUAUUUACGAAGAAAACUGCUUCAAGCCUCAGAAUGUAAAAAGACCUUUGACAUCUGGUAGAGGAGACGAUGGAGGGCAUACGUUUUACAAGUGGCUGAAAGGUGUCUGUGUAGAGAAACGAGCUUUCUACAAACUCAUUUCUGGUCUCCACGCAAGCAUCAACAUCCAUUUGAGCGCCAGGUACCUUUUACAAGAUACGUGGUCAGAGAAGAAAUGGGGCCCUAAUGUUACAGAGUUCCAGCAGAGAUUUGACGAAGUCAUCACCAGAGGGGAAGGUCCCAGAAGACUCAAGAACCUGUAUUUUCUCUACCUGAUAGAGCUGCGGGCCCUAUCUAAAGUGCUGCCGUUCUUUGAGCGCCCAGGUUUCCAGCUGUACACAGGGAAUAAAAGUCAUGAUGCGGAAAUGAAAAACCUAUUGCUGGAAAUUCUCCAUCUGGCCAAGUCUUUCCCACUGCAUUUCGAUGAAAACUCAUUCUUUGCAGGGAAUAAAAAGGAAGCUGUUAAACUAAAGGAGGAAUUUAGGCUACACUUUAAGAAUAUUUCUAAGAUAAUGGACUGUGUUGGCUGCUUCAAAUGUCGCCUGUGGGGGAAGUUGCAGACACAGGGCUUGGGUACGGCGCUGAAGAUCCUCUUUUCUGAAAACCUGAUAGAAAAGAUACCUGAAAGUGGCCCUUCCUAUGGAUUCCAGCUGACCAGACAAGAAAUUGUUGCCUUAUUUAAUGCUUUUGGAAGGAUUUCAACAAGCGUUAGAGAACUGGAAAACUUCAAGAACAUCUUACGAAAUAUGCGGUGAAUUCACUGGAGAAAGAGACUUAAAGUUUUACUGCUUGGCUGUUCUGGGUUCUCUAAAAAUGGACAAACACCAUCGUUCCAUCACACUCCCAACCACUACAUCGUGAAGACCGCUUGCUGGACCUCCUGUUCCUAGCUGAUUGUCUGUAACCUGCUGAUGAGAAAUAAUUUUGUAUAAGGGAAAAAAAAAAAGCUACUUUUUUUGUAUAAAAGUGGGGACUAUAUGUAAAGUUUAUUUUAUAUAUUGGAAGAUCAUUCUGAAUAACUUCUUUAAAUAUUGCUGUACUAUUUUGAUGGAUUAGACCUAUCUCUGUGCCUUCAGAAGCUGGAGGUAGGGCAAGAACCGUGCCACUGAAUAAAUUUGGGGAAAAUUC